AAGAAGCGCAUCAGGAGCCUGAGAUCUCAGCUGCGCUGGAAACUGGUGGAAGUCAGCUGUCUGGAGGAGGCAGAAGAACUGGACCUGCCAGAGAUUCUUAAGAAGAAGGAGGAGAUCGCCGAGACGAGAAAUGCUCUCUUUCAAGAAAUCCGCCAUGAGAAGAAGCAAUAUAUAGUGCUGUGUGACCUCAUGAACAGAGGCUUUCCUGAGUUGCCAUUGAUCUAUCCUGAUGCAGAUAUCAAUGGCUAUAUGAGCUCUGCAGGACUGUUAAUGAAGAGCUUGGACAGAGACAUGUUUGACGCAGAGCCGAUGAAAGAGCUGAGUGGCAGGAGACCUCUUCUUAGCACAGACUUCCAGGGACAGAAAGUAGUCCUGAAGUGCUAUGCUGUGGAUGAAGAGUCCGAGGCGAAGAUGACUGAACAAUCUGCCUACUAUCACAGAGCUCAGCAGCAGAAUCCCGCCACAACUGUUCCUCUCCUGGCGCUGUUUUGCGGCAAAUCUGAUCCACUGGCAUACAUCAUGGUACCACACUACUCUAAUGGAAAUCUCAAGGCCAUUCAGAAAUCCUCCCCACUGUCCUCUUCUGAGAUUAGGAAGGUGAUGAAGGGCGUAUCUCUGGGACUCCAGAAUCUUCAUGCAGCAUUUCUUACUCAUGCAUCUCUGCAUCCAAACAAUGUGUUUGCCAUUGGCCGAGAAAAAGGCAUUGUUGGAGAUUAUGAUUUCACAAAGACACCUGAGCAGAGGGUGUCUGACAGCGGGAUGGUGGCUGGUUCCAUACGUCUGGUGGCUCCAGAGUUGAAGCAGGGUCAGCUGCCUUCCCCAGCCAGCGAUAUGUAUGCCUUUGGAGGCAUCAUGCUCUGGCUGCAUGUUGCAGACUUCAGCGGAACUCUAGAGAGAGAGCGUCAAAAUGUAGAGUUCUCUGGUUUGGGUCUGGAUGCCAAAUUGCACAAGCUCCUCUCAAAGCUGCAGGUUUCCUCUACAAGACUGUCUGCUUCUGAGGCCCUAAAGGAAGACUACUUCAUCUCAGUUGAUGUGUAAAAGUGAAUUGUGUUCAUGUUUGCGUU